AUUAAAGCAGCGGCCGCGAAGUCUGGGUGCUUGCAGGCUGCUAAAGUCAACCCCAGUUGAUUAGCACCUGCUACCGCGCUUUGCUUCCUAGCGCUCGCGGAGCCUCCUGGAGCCUGCCACCAUCCUGCCCACUACGUACUGCCCCGCGCCCGCAGCCAUGUGCCGUACCCUGGCCGCCUUCCCCACCACCUGCCUGGAGAGAGCCAAAGAGUUCAAGACACGUCUGGGGAUCUUUCUUCACAAAUCAGAGCUGGGCUGCGAUACUGGGAGUAGUGGCAAGUUCGAGUGGGGCAGUAAACACGGCAAAGAGAAUAGAAACUUCUCAGAAGAUGUGCUGGGGUGGAGAGAGUCGUUCGACCUGCUGCUGAGCAGUAAAAAUGGAGUGGCUGCUUUCCACGCUUUCCUGAAGACGGAGUUCAGUGAGGAGAACCUGGAGUUCUGGCUGGCCUGUGAGGAGUUCAAGAAGAUCCAAUCAGCUACCAAGCGGGCUUCCAGGGCACACCGGAUCUUUGAGGAGUUCAUCUGCAGCGAGGCCCCUAAAGAGGUCAACAUUGACCAUGAGACCCGCGAGCUGACUAGGAUGAACCUGCAAACCGUCACAGCCACAUGCUUUGACACAGCUCAAGGGAAGACACGUACCCUGAUGGAGAAGGACUCCUACCCACGCUUCCUGAAGUCACCCGCUUACCGGGACCUGGCUGCCCAAGCCUCAGCCGCCUCUGCCACUCCGUCCAGCUGCAGCCUGGCCGAGCCCUCACACACCUGAGUCUCCACGGCAGUGAGGAAGCCAGCUGGGAAGAGAGGUUGAGUCACCCAUCCCCAAGGUGGCUGCCCCUGUGUGGGAGGCAGGUUCUGCAAAGCAAGUGCAAGAGGACAAAAAAAAAAAAAAAAAAAAAAAAAAAAAAAAAAAGCGCUCCAGCAGCCUGUUUGGGAAGCAGCAAUCUCUCCUUCAGAUACUGUGGGACUCAUGCUGGAGAGGGGCCACCCACUUCCAGGACCUGUGAAUAAGGGCUAAUGAUAAGGGUUGGUGGGGCUCUCUGUGGGGGAAAAAAGGUGGCACGGGGUUAGCACUGGCUCUCGUUCUCACCGGCGAAGGAAGUGUUCUAGCGUGGUUUAGGAAACGUGGAUAAAGGGAACUGUGAAAAUGAGAGGAGGAAAGACACCCAGAUCAGCUGUUUUGCCUGUUGCUCAGUUGACUCUGGUCGCAUCCUGUUUUCCUAAUUCCCAGACGUUCUGGGCACAGAAAGGACCCUGCGUGUGGAGUCUUCCCCUUUGGCCCUCCUCACUGGCCUCUGGGCUGGCCCAGAGUCCCUUAGCUUGUACCUCGUAACACUCCUGUGUGUCUGUCCAGCCUUGCAGUCAUGUCAAGGCCAGCAAGCUGAUGUGACUCUUGCCCCAUGCGAGCUAUUUAUACCUCAAACACUGGCCUGUGAGCCCUUUCCAAGGCAGUGGACAGCCCUGAAAGGAGGCUCACUUGAACCACCCUCAGUGUUCUGGGUGACCCCCUGCAGGUGGCCCCUGACCCUGUGUUAACCACCCUCAGUGUUCUGGGUGACCCCCUGCAGGUGGCCCCUGACCCUGUGUUGCAACAGGGUCCACCUGUGAGCAGGCCCCCCCAGGGGCCUUUUCCUGGAUGUGCACUCUCUGAGUUCUGUGCUGUCUCUUGGAGGCAGGGCCCAGGACAAGAAAGUGUGGAGGCCUCGGGGAGUGGCUUUUCCAGCUCUCAUGUCCCGCAGUGUGGAACAAGGCAGAAAAGGAUCCUAGGAAACAAAUCUCUUGGCAGUCCCUGAGAGUCCUGCUGAAAUCCAGCCAGUGUUUUUUUGUGGUAUGAGAACAGGCAGAAAGAGAUGCCCCGAGAUAGAAGGGGAGCCUCAUGUUUCUUUCCUGCGGACAUGAGAUGAACCACUGGAGUGGGCAGAGGUGGCCCAGGACCAUGGCGCCCUUAGAGUGCAGAAGCUGGGGGGAGAGGCUGCUUGGAAGGGCAGGACUGGGGAUAAUCAGAACCUGCUUGUCACCUCAGGGCGUCACCGAACAAACAUUUCCUCAUGGGAACUCCUGCAGCAGAGCCCAGGCUGGAGGUGAAUUACCCAGGGCAGCCCCCUUGUGGCCCAGGAUCAUCAACAUUGUUCUCUGUGCACCAUGAGCGCCUCUGGGAGAUUAUUUAAGUGUAUUGUAUCAUUGGUUUUGUGUGAUUGUCAUAACAUUGUUUUUGUUACUGUUGGUGCUCUUGUUAUUUAUUAUUGUAAUCUCAGUUUGCCUCUACUGGAGAAUCUCAGCAGGGCUUUCAGCCUGACUGUCUCCCUCUCUCCACCACACUCUACCUCUGAAUGUGCUGGGAACCUCUUGGAGCCUGUCAGGAACUCCUCACUGUUUAAAUAUUUAUUUAUUGUGGCAAAUGGAGCUGGUUUCCUAGAUACGAAUGAUGUUUGCAAUUCCCAUUUUCCUGUUUCAGCAUGUUACAUUCUUAUAAAAUAAAAACAAAAGUCAAAUAUGA